AUGGCGGCACAGAUUAAUGAUUGUACAGUUGAGAGGAGAGUUAGUAUUCGGGAAAAGGGUGUCAACUCUAAAGUCAAGGCCGUUGAUGAUAGCCCUACAUAUCGUCAGUAUGUUCAUCAGUUUAUAGUCAUGUAUAACCCCUCCUUAGUGGCUUUGUUGGAAACCAGAGCUAGCGGUCAUCGGUCGGAGGAUGUUAUUUGGAUGCUUGGGUUCUCCAACUCUUUUCGCAUUGAGGCUCAUGAGUUCAGUGGGGGAAUCUGGUUGUUGUGGAAGCUUGGAACUAUAGUUGAGCAUCUUUGGGACCAUCUUAAAGUUUUGGACCCUGGAGGCAACCACCCUUGGGUGCUUGGUGGGGACUUUAAUUCAUUAUUAAACCAAGGAGAGCGAGUGGAAAGCUCAGCGGGUAGAAUAAUGCCCAGUACUGGCUUCAAUGGUUUUCUGGAUGAUACUGUUAUGAUGGAACUUGGCUUUCAUGGUCCUUUAUUUACUUGGUCUAGAGGGUCCUUACACCAGAGGCUAGAUCGAUAUUUGGGGUUCAAUGACCUGCUGAAAAAUACGUGGAUCAAUGAUAGAGAUAUCCAGAGUAACUUAGCAGACCUCCAAAUGGUUCUUACCGAUUGGAAUCAAGCUAUUUUUGGUAAAAUUGGCAAGCGAAAGAGAAGGUUAAUGGCUUGCCUGCGGGGAUGUGAUAAUACUUUGAUGCAAAUGGAAUCGAGUUAUUUAUUGGAGCUGGAAAUCAGAUUGCGUAAUGAGCUUGAGUCUGUGUUAGAGCACGAGGAUAGUUUGUGGCAGCAAAAGGCUCGCUGUAAGUGGACCAUGGACGGUGAUCGCAAUACUAGACUCUACCACGCUUGUGCUAAGAACCAUCGAAGAAAGAAUAACAUCCUUUCAUUGAAGCACGCGGAUGGAAAUUGGUGA